GCGAGCCAUUACUGGAUUGCGAGGAUGCAAGCCCAGGCGCAACCACUACAGCAGCCAGUUUCUCGGACGAUGGGCAUGAGCUGACCGUACAGGAGGCAGUCUUCAACUUGACCAACACCGUUUUGGGUGUUGGCGUGCUCACUGUCCCGUAUGCUUUCAGACUCAGUGGAUACAUCUCCAUCUUGCUGAUCUUCAUCACCAUUCUAGUGACGUCCCAGACUGGCGUCUAUAUCGGCUCCGCCUUGAAAUUGGCGGCGAGGAGUCCUGAAGCACAGUUGGUGCCACGGCGCGGGCGCGAUUUCGCCUUCUUGGCCUUCCAGGGUUUCGGAGGUACAGGCGAAAAGCUGAUCGGCCUGAUCACUUCCUUAGAGAUCUGGUUUGCACUGGUGGUCUAUAUCGUGAUGAACGGGAUCAAUAUCUCGGCUGUUUCAGGAGGCCAUGUUGGACAAGAAACUGCUGCCAUUCUGAGCUGUGCACUGGCGGCGCUGAUGGUCUUUCUACCCAUGCGGGUCUACUCCUACUUUUCAUUGGUGGCCUCCAUCGCCCUAGCCCUCGCUGGUUUGGCCGUGGUCGCAGCUGCUCUGACGAUGGAAGAGUGGGCCAACCCGUACAACCACCUGGGCGAACCCGCCCUGGUUCAGCUGCAGAACAUCCCGCGCUCCAUUGGCAUCAUUGUCUUUUGCUUCGCAGGACAUCCAUGUUUUCCCAUCGUGUACGAGUGCAUGAAGGAGCCACAGUACUGGAUGAGCUCCGUCUAUCUGACCUUCUGUUUGGCCUUCAUGUACUACGGAGGCCUUGGUGUCUUCGGCUAUUUGGUCUUUGGUCAGGACCUGCAGGCAUCAGUGACGCAGAAUGUGGAGUUGUUGCCUCAGGCCUGGCUCUUUCGGCAGAUCGCCUUCUUAUGUUUCGCAGUGAAGAUCCAGUUCACCGCGCCGAUGCCGCUGAACGCCAUCAUGGUGGCCGCGUGGCGACCGGAGGGUCCGCGCGAGUGGACGCCCGGACGCAUGUUCGCCUUGCUGGCGUUGACGGCGGUGACGGCCGUCACAGCGGUAGCCUUCAGCAAGCAAGUGGGCGUAGUGGCGGCACUCACUGGCAGCCUUUUUACCAUGAGCACUGCCGUGCUGUUCCCUGCGGCCAUAGACCUUUGCUUGGUAUGUCGAUAUGAGGACAGAGCGUUGUUGUCAGCCCAGAAUUUGCUGCACCUUUUGGUUUUGAUUUUUGGAGUCAUCAUUGCUGUGGCUGGCACGUACUUGUCCGUGCUUGACCUCAUCCAGUGA